CCAUUGAGUGCCAUCUAUCUGCAUUCCCUGUUCAUUUCCUCCAUGCUCACCAUCAGAUUUCCACAGGAGGCCAGACAAAUUUGUGCAUCCAUAUGCAAGAAGGUAGUUCCAUUCCCCAGCUGGACUAAUGAAAUUAUUUGAAUGCGUGGAAUCUGUCCUUUGCAGUGAUAACACACCUGCCUAGUAAGCAGCAAAUCUUGGGUUUGGAUCCUGGUCCGGUUCCACAUAAUGUCCCAAUGCAGCUGAUAGCAGUGAUUCUCUCUUUGCCUUUCCUUUCUUCCCCUCUCCACCUCCAAUUUACAUAUCGUGCAUAACAGCUUUGGAUUCUGUGUGGUGUCUGUUCUUUUGGACAUGUCCAAAAGAACAGAUACCCCCCAUUCAUAUAAUUUGAAAAGCCUAACUGUAUAGUCAGUCCACCUUCUUCAAUCUGAAUGCACAAACACAUUCUACCUCCCGUGGGAAUCUCAGAGGGCAAACAUGAAGGAAAUGGACAGGGACAGCAGAUAGCUGGUGCUCGAUGGAAACGUGGAUCUCCCGUGAAGUGUGCUGAGAUAGUCUGUGCAGUUGCAAUAACGCUGUGUCCUGGAUGGUGCAGUGGUUAAUGCACCUGCCUGGUAAGCAGAAAAUCUUGGGUUCAAAUCACAAUCUGGUCCAUAUAUUCACCUGUCACCCAUGAUUCCGCAUAAUGUCCUGAUGCAGCUGACAGCAGUGGUCCAAUCCCCUCCCCUUCAUUCCCUUUCCUUUCUUCUUUUCCUCCCCUCUCCACCUUCAAUUACUAAUUGUCUUGUCUAUAAAAGUACAUAGAACAGAUGAUAUUGGAGUCUACUUAUGAUGAAAAUGUGUGGGAUAAAAUAGCAACAGCUCUUUGAAAAUGCACAAAUUGAAAUGGUAUCAGUGACGAUGAUGCAGCUGUAGCAACAAUGAUAACUAAAGUACAAAGGAUGCUGCAUUGUAACACACAGUUGCUUUUAACAAGAGGGGUUAGGAAAUGGAGAGUGAAUAUGGAGGUACCUGUGAUCAGACAGAACUGAAAACCUUGCUUAAUGAAUUGGAAGUGUCUUAUAAAAUGCAGGAAAAAGAAGCUAAGUACCAUGUGAUCAAACUUCAAGAAGAGAGCUUAAAAGUGAAACAAAUCCUCUCAAAGAUAUCAUUGGUUGUCAGAUCUGCUGAACAGAAAGGAAAUAUUGAUGAUUAUCAAGCACUUUAUAAAAAGGCUAUCGAGGAACGAGAUGAAUAUAAACUGAAAGCUCACAAUCAGUCAUGUGCUAUAAUGAAAUUAGAAAGAGAGCUGUGUAAAAUAAAAAACGGUAUCUUGGACAACAAAAACGUUGGUUCAAAUAGUGCAUCAUAUUUGGAUAAGGAAAUUGAUUUUUUGCAUACAGAAAAUGCCUCUCUCAGAAAUGAACUCAAAUGCCUUAAAAACCUUCUAAGUGAUCAAGAGCGUUUGAAGAAAGAACUGUCUGACAGCAACUUGGAGAAUAUUUCUCUUAAAGAACAGAUUGUGAAUAAACAAACAGAGUUAAUGGAAAUGCAGUAUCAGUUUGACAGUAAACUGAAAAAAGUACAGACAGAAUGUGAACAACAUACAUUAAAUCUACAAAAGAAACUUUCAGAGUGUCAAGAACAACUAACAGAGGCCAAGAUUUCAAAGGAGUUGACAGAGAGUAAUCUGAAGGAGAAAUAUGAAUGUGCUUUGAAUAAAGUGAAAGAAAUGCAGCAGAAGCUUGAGAAAAUGGUUGACGAUAACGGAAAUGAAGGUAGAUGUAUAGUGGGCUCUCCACCAGACAAGUCUGAAAAUUCAGUCAAGAUGGCAAAUGAAUUUGCUGAAUCAAAUGGUUGUGAACAAACCAAGAUCACCACUGUUAUCACUACUACCAGAAGUAGCAGUAGUACCAUUACUACUACUGAAAAAGUUUUGAAGACCUCUUAUUCAUCAGAAGAUUCCCCAGAGAGGAAUGGUUCAGACAAAAAUAAUAAAAUAAAAUUGAAAAAAGGAGUAGCAGUGUGCCUUUUGGAUGAUGAAGAGCAGCCGGUGGUUAAAGAAGAGGAGAGGUCAGAUGACUGUGAGGAUGAGGAUUUGUCAGAAGAGGAAGUUGAUGAAAUAUGCAUCCUGUUAUGAAACCAACAUAGAAGCAGUGUGCCAGAAGAAAAUUUAUGUAUUCUGAGGAUGGUUCGACUGAAAGUGCUAUGCUUAUGGAUAGAAAUGUUAGCGCAAGUGCAUCUUGCAGCAAUGGAUAACAUUUUUCCCUGUAUGCAUGCAUAUGGUAUUAAGAAUAGCUUCAAAAAUGAGGCUGAGAUGCAGACCAUUACAGAAUAUUGUCACAUGUCAGAUAAGAGACAGAAGACACAUACUGAUAAAUGCAUGAUAAAGAUUGAGGUAGAUAAUGAUCAAGUUUAGACACUGUAGAAAAGAAAGGGAGUAGAGAGAGAGAGAGGGAGAGAUAAUGCAGAAAUAAUAUAAAUUUGCUUAUGCUGCAUCAAGAAUUAAUUUUAAAAAACAAGUCUUAAUAAUCCUAAAUAUGUAUCAAUGCAGAAGUUAGUACUGGUGUGUUUGUUAAAUACCUGCCCCAGUGGACAUCUUUUGUGUCACUAAUGGCACAUUAAAAAAGUCAGAUGAGUUACAAACUUGAUAUUUGAGAGUCAUAAGAGAAGACUAAAACAGUUGUUGUAAUCUAAUUUUUAAACUAGUCAUGUCCAUGUAGACAUAUUUGUCUUAUUUUUGAUGACAGGCACUUACGUUCAAAACAACGCUUCUGUUUGUGAAGGUUCUGUUUGUUUCAUUCCUUUCUUGUAAUUCAAAAUGACAAGCUUCUCUCAAAUGUUAUGAAAUGGAAAUUCCAUGAUGAAGAUAGGCCAACUUAAAAAACACACAAACUUGGUAGUUUUUUCUAGUUAAAAACAAAGCUUUCUUCAAACCAAAGUUUGGUUUGAAUACUGUUGGCCCCUACUAGGCAUGGUUCUAUUGGAUAUGGUAUUUGAACUCUGAAUCAUGUGCAACUUGGCCUUUGUCAUAUUAACAGAUCACUGACAGAGGUGAAAGAAAAAAGACUUGACAGAAUAGGUCUGAGGACUGAAUCAUGGAUUUUUGGACAUACUUCUAGUUUUGUACAUCGAAGAACAGAAGUCUCCCAUCUGCAGCUCUGGUAACACUGACCAUUGGGUGGUUGCCAGGGCAAAUGGGUUAGGCAGAUGGCUCUUCGCGGCAGUCUCAAAAUGUAGGUUAGAGAGGUAAAGGACAGAACAGUGUUGGUAAAGGAGAGAAUUUAUUUGGAAAUAGUAAGAGGAAAGGUUGAUGGCAAGGGAGUGUUGCAUAGGAUGGAUAGAUAUAGGUGUAUGGGAACAAAAUGAGUUUUAGGUCAGAGGGAUGUGGAAACAUAUGAUGUGCUGUGAGGGGAAGUUGUCUCCUGAAGAGCUUGAGGUAGCAACUGAUGAAGGAGGAGGGGGAGAUUCUUAUGAUUGUGUUAUUUAAGCAGCUGUUACCACUCAGGUUUUGUAGCUUGCAACUGUGCAGCAACUAGGUUGUUUAUGUGGGAAAGAAAUGGUAGUAUGAAGUAGGUGUUUUGCUAAACACAGGUUAGAGGCCUCACUAGUCCUGAGCUGUGACUGAUGCUAGUGAUGCUAGGAGCACAGACCAGGUAACUGGUGUCUUUAAGUGCAAGGUUGUCAGGUGAUGUGUUAGAAUACCGCUCCUUCCUCAGGGCUGAUAGAUUGGUGAAAGUUACAAGAGCUAGUCAUGAAGUUUUAAUUAUUACCUCAAAAAUAAAGUUAUGAAAUUAUUUUUUUUACUAUUUUUGGAUAUAUAUGUGGAGUCUCUGUACACACUGAAAUCCGCACUGUACUGUAGAAUGCUGCUAGAGUAGUCAAAAUGGAAUGAUACAGCAUGUCUCCAUCAUUCAUUUGGUUUUGACCUCUCUAGUGGUGUGGGGCAUUCUCAGUGUACCAGGGCUGCAGUUAUGUAUCAGAAAACAGACAAAACAUUAAUUACUUAUUUUAUUCUUUCAAAAUAAUUAAUAAAAUUUUGAGUAACCAUCAUAAUAGAGAAGAGCAGGUCUCUUAGAUCCCAGGAGGAGAUGGACACAUAAGUAGUUAGAACAAGCCUAGACCAAAGAAAGAAAGAUUACUGAAGACAUAAAAUGAUCACCACGUAUCAAAAUAGGCAAAAAUUGCAGGCAACGCUCAGACAGAACAACAGGUGAUGUCAGAAGGGCGGUUAAUUGUAUCAAGAGGAAAAUUCAGUCAAGAAAACUAUUGUAUUAUGAGACAGAAUUACUGGCCAAUACCCAUACAUUCAGGCAGAUGGGGGGGAUAUACACUUCUACACACAGAAAAAUUAAAGUACAUGACACUGUAACUCUGUCUUAGGUUUCAGAAUUGUCACUUUCUUCCUCAGGUAGGAAAGAAGGUUGGAAGUAAUGUUAAAAGGGCAAGACAGGUCACUAUGACUCAAAGAUGAUGGAGACGCACUAUAAUGAGGAUGAGGGUCAUAACUAUAGACAGGUCCCUCUUGUCCUUUGGACUGAGUGAUGUGUCUUCCUUUCUUUUAACUUUCCCCAAACUAUCCUUGCUUCUCCUCUAGGAAGGAGCUAGUAGUUCUGAAACUAGGCUAGUGUCAUCUAUUUAUACUUUUGUGUGUGUGUACCAGCAGUACUAAAAAUGAAACUUGUCACAGAGAGGAGAAGAGCAUUCGUUUGUGGGAUUUCAACAAAAGGCCAAUAACACUGUGUUUAUAAACAUACUUGAAACGCCACUGUAUGAAAGGGACUUGGUAAUUCUGUUUCCACAGUUUGUUAGUGGAUUGACACUUUGGUUUUAUGAGUAUUCAUCAACAGUUAAUUAUCUCCUCCCCCUGCACCUCCCCCCCCCCCCCCCCCCCUCUACAAGAAAAGUAAAGACUUACUGUUAUGUGGAAUUCUUAAUGAUAGUACAGAAAAAUCACUUGAAUCAUGAGUAUUUAUUAACUGGCAUUUAUUUCAUGGUGCUAUGUCAUAGCCAGAUCAGCUGUUAGCUGUGCCACAAGUAAGGCUCUGUCAGCUAGGAGCCAGAUGCCGACAUGAACAGAAAAUGUUUUUGCCGGAAACAGUUUAAUACACUGCCAGUAUUGCCUAAAAACAGAUUAUGCAUGUACGUGGCAUGAUUCAGUAAGUGCAAGUGAAAUGAUGCUUUACUGUGCCUUGUUAGCAGUGUUGUGUGACACUAUUGUUAGCAGUGGUAUUUUACUUUUGUACAGUGGAGGGAGCCUUGAUUGAAAUUGGAGAUACUGGGUUUCUAGCAGUGAAAAUAGAUGGCAGCAGCACAUAAAGUCACACGUUCAGAAUGAUUUUAAGAAACUGAAUUUAGUUGCUUUGAUGGCUAAAGUUAAGUGAUUGCACAUUUAGUUCUUGCUUGUAAAAGGAACACAUUUUGUAAAAUACCCAGUUUUGUUGAGUGUCUAUAAGAAUUGGGAACGUCUGUUCUAUCUGCAAAUAAUAAGUUCAGUUGUGCAUAUAGUAAUUAGAAUAUGGUGCAACCAGUGGAAAAAUGCUCCUUUUAGAGCACAAAAAAUGUGAAUAUGCUACACUUUUAAUUAACACUUGCUUUCCUUGGCUUUACUUUCAUACACUGAUUUUGUUCCUUAUAUUUGUUAUUGUUACUGCUACUAUUUUUCAUCACUGUUUUUUUAUUUCAAUUUUAUUUAAAUAGCUUUGUUGACCACAUAGCAACAUUGCUGAGUUUUUAACUGUUAACUAUACAUUCUAUUAUGUGAACUUUUUGAUAGUAUUGAUGUAAGCAUUCAAUCUGAAUGUUAAUAUAUAUUUUGCCAGUGAAACUUCAGCUGCUUUACCAAUUGUUUAUCUAUUAAAAUACAUUACUAUUCUUUGUGUUAACUUGACAUAAGUCUGUUAUUAUAUUUUUUACAAAUCUGAUAAUAAAGGAGUCAAAAUUACAA